AAGGUGGAUCUAUCGGGGGGAGGGAAACCCUGGUGGCUAAGUGGUUAAGAGCUAUGGCUGCUGCCCUUUAGAAGGUCGGCAGUUCAGAUCCAUCAGGUGCUCCUUGGAAACUCCAUGGGGCAGUUCAGCUCUGUCCUAUAGGGUUGUUAUGAGUCAGAAUCAAUUCAGCAGCAAUGGAUUAUUGGGGGAAGAGGUUAAUUGAGAAAUGAGAUCGAGCAGGUCACUUCUUCUGUUAUUCCUUUAGGAAAGCUAUAGCGAGACCUGAAACUGUGGGCUGCAGCAAUAGUCAGUCCACAAGUUUUGAAGCUCCUGGCAGAGUUUUCCUUAGAGAAAAAGAGUUGCUUUUUGCGCUCUUUAGGACCCAAGUGAAUUAAGAGUAAUGAGCCUAGUUUGGAUUAACCAAGGAGAUGAGACUUGAGUUCUUAGAAGCAAAUGGGGGGUGGGGUCGCAGAUCCAAAAAAGGAAAAAAACUUAAGAGGCCAAAGGAAAACAAGGAUAGCUAAGAGAAGGAAAUAUCAAACAGCCAGGGGAAGACUGCAAAGAAAGAAAAUGUGGAAAAAAGAAAAAUCCCAGAAGAGAGAAGAUGGUUGUGUUCCAUGAGCUGGGGAAGGAGGCAGUGAUCUUGGGAGGAACAGCAGUGGGCCCAGGCUUCAUGCUAAAGACAGCAGAGCCCCAAUCAGUGGGCAGGUUGCAGAAUGAAGAAGUUUGGAAUACAUACCAGGGUCUACAAGAACAGCCAAGCAAGAACACUCACAAAGAAACUAAGGCGGUAUACAAAAAGGCUCUGCGUACACCACCGACUCUAGCCCUUUCUGAGCAGACAAACACCAAAGACUGGACAGUGGCACCUAAGCUCAUUUUGCCUGAGUCCCAGAGCUUGUUGACAUUUGAAGAGGUGGCCAUGUAUUUUUCUCAGGAAGAAUGGGAGUUAUUGGAGCCCACUCAGAAGGUCCUCUACCACGAUGUAAUGCAGGAAAACUAUGAGACUGUCAUCUCUCUAGCAUUGUUUGUGCUCCCCAAACCUAAAGUGAUCUCCUGUCUAGAGCAAGGGGAAGAGCCAUGGAUCCAAGGACCUGAGGAGUUCAAGGACAGUCAUGUAGAAUCUCCUGCAGCAGGGUUAAAGUUCAAAAAUGACACUGGAAAUCAUCAGCCUGCAUCUCUUCCUGCCUUAGAAAUAGAAGCACAAGGAGAUACAGUUUCAAAAAAUGCCAGAGUGAAAGUUCACCAGAAAACAACAGGCAAAGAAAAUCAAGGUGAUAUACACAGGGCGGGGAAACGGCAUGGAGAUUUCCCAGUGAAGAAAAGAAAAAAACUUUCAACCUGGAAACAAGAGUUGCUGAAACUUAUGGAUCUUCACAAGAAAGACCAUGUAGGAGGAAAGCCUUUUAAAUGUCAGGAAUGUGGGAAAAGCUUCAGAGUUAGUUCUGACCUUAUUAAACACCAGCGAGUACACACUGAAGAAAAACCCUAUAAAUGUCAACAGUGUGGUAAGAGGUUUAGAUGGAGUUCAGAUCUUAAUAAGCACUUGACGACACACCAAGGCAUAAAACCAUAUAAAUGCUCAUGGUGUGGGAAAAGCUUCAGUCAAAACACAAAUCUCCAUACACAUCAAAGAACUCACACAGGUGAGAAGCCUUUUACAUGUCAUGAAUGUGGAAAAAAAUUCAGUCAGAACUCCCACCUUAUUAAACAUCAGAGAACCCACACAGGUGAGCAGCCUUUUUCCUGUAGCACAUGUAGGAGAAACUUCAGCAGGCGGUCAAGCCUUCUUAGACACCAGAAACUCCACAGGUGAAUAAAAGCUUGUCCAGUGUUCCCCUUUCUGAAGAAAUUCACCAAAUGGAGUUCGAUUCUGAAGCUGAUGAGGAAAUACAAAAUUGCAAAGCAACCAAUGAUAAGAAUUUGUCAUCAGUGGAAAAUGUGAAGGUACAGACAUCCUGACAGCAAUCUAAGGUGGUUCUGCAGGAGAGAGCAGCAGUUUAUUGUUUUUACUUUUAACAGGGGAUUCUUUUGUAAGAGAGGUAUUCUAAGAACAUUCUAGUUGGGAUUGUAUUUGGCAAAAUAAAUUCAGCUUCAAAUAGAAGAUGCAAGCAUGAGUCAAUCAACAGUUUUCUGUAGUCAUAGAGGUAAAUAUUUGUUUUGCGUUAAUCCCCUCAGCCAUUCUUGCACAUACAUGAUAAAAAUAUUUGUAGCAUGGUCUUCCAAAACAAGAAGUCAUAAUAUGUGUGUUUAGUUACAUACCAUUCAGAGUGGUAGGCUGACCACUUUAAAUUGUUUCUUACAACAGAAAUGUAUUCUAAUGUAAAGUUUCCCAAGAACCAAAUUGGAUGUCCUUUUAUCUUUGGACACUGUUCACAAAGUUGAACGUCCUUUAAGUAUCUGCUUGAGCCUUUUAACAACUUUAGCUCUUGAAUUUUUCUGUAAUGAAAUCAUAUUUAUUUCACCACCAGAAAACCUGCCAGGUGAACUAAUAAUGCACUAGCCUAUGUGUCUCAUUGGCUGUGUUUGGAAAAUGGGAAGCAUCUCCAAUGAGAUCUUAUGGAUAUGAGUUGGAAUUUGUAGCCAUGGAUUAUGUAUUAGAUGUAAAGAGUAAUUUUUGGCAAUAAAAGAAUCUAGACUAUUUCCUUAGCUCAUAAUGUCAAUAGGAUUAAACAGACAUAAAAUUUAGCACUUGCCCAAAGCUUGAAAGAAAACUAAUGGCAGUUCAGGAUCAGAAUCUUGUCAGGUCCCUUCUUGUUGUUUGGUUUUUAAUUUGACUUGUGUAUUGUUAAGAAUGAGGAAAGAGUUAUGUUUAUAUGAGAGCUGGGGUAUGUGUGCUACAUGCUGUGGUCACGUGCUGUAGUCACCUGGGGAAUCCAGUUAGCAGAAGACAAGAGUUCCCGAAAGGAAAGGUUUAGGAAUUGGUGAUGAGUGUUGGGCAAGGAUGGGUGUAUCCACAAUCUGUGUAGUUUCUCUUAAACGGUGUUACGGAUUGAAUUGUGCCCCCCCCCCCGAAAGAUGUAUAAACCCUAACCCCUGUACCUGUGGUAGGAGCACUGGUGGUGCAGUGGUUAAGCAUUCGUCACCAGCCGCUCCGCGGGAGAAAGAUGCAACAGUCAGGUUCCAUUAAGGUUACAAUCUUGGAAACUCUGUGGGGCAAUUCUACUCUGUCCUACAGGGUGGCUGUGAGUCGGAAUACCUGUGGUUAUGAUUGCAUUUGGAAAUGGGUCUUCUUUGUUAUGUUAAUGAGGCAGUGUUAGUGUAGGGUAGGUCUUAGGUCAGUCUCUUUUGAAAUAUGAAAGAGCAGAUUAAGCACUUGAGGACAAAUGGAGAAGAUACAUGCUCAUAAUAGCCAAGGAACCUAGGAAUAGAAACUGAAGAGACAAGGACCUUCCCCAAGAGUGGACUGAGCGAGCCUUCCCCUGGCUGGUGCCCUGAAUUCUGACAUUUAGCCUACUAAAGUGUGAGAAAAUGAAUUUCCGUUCAUUAAAGCUACCCACUUGUAUUUUAUAGCAACACUAGAUAACUAAGACAGUGGAUAGGGUCCAACUGGCCUAUGUCCUCUCCAGCACAGCAUUUAAGAGCAGUCUUAGGUGAUAAAUUUAAUGGACUGAUGAAAGUUUGUAUGUUGUGUGCCAUUGACUUGAUUCCAACUCACAGCAACCCUAUAGGACCGAGUAGAACUGCUCCAUAGGGUUUCCCAGGUUGUAAUCUUUAUGGAAGCAGAUUGCCGGGUAUUUUCUCCCAUGGAGUUGCUGGGCGGUUUGAACCACCAACCUUUUGGUUGGCAACUGAGUACUUAACCGUUGUACCACCAGGGUUUCUUAAAGUCUGUGUAGGCCUGUAGGUUUUCUGAUAACUUAUGUAUUUAUUUACAGCAGUGACUCGGGUAUGUUCCUGGUAAAACAUUGAGGUACAGUCCUAGGUAAGAGGCUUAAGAAGUCAUCCCUUCCACAUCUUAUUUUAUAGGUGAGGAAAUUAAGACUCAAAAUAGGUACAGGGACUUGCUCAAGACUCCACAGCUAGAAGGUGACAUUCCUUCUGGUGGCUGUCACUCAUCUUCAUCAGUCAGUGGUGGUGGUGGCGGCGGCGGGCUCUGGUCAGUGCCUUUGUGGAACCCAUAUCUUUUGUCAGGAACAAUUCUACACCAAAGAAACACAUUUCAUAGAAUAGACGGUUUGGUCAAACAUACGGCACAAGUAAGAAAUGCCCUUGCAGGGAACUGCUGCAUUGAGACCCCAGACUGCUUGUCUGAAAUGCGUGCAUGGUUCAGGCUGGGGUUGUUUUUUCCCCUCCCACCAGCCAUUUAAACCUGUCCAUUGAAGCGCUCAAUUGCCCCUAUGUCUUGGGGCGAUAAAGAAUGUGAAGAGUUCAUUCAAGAUCCAGUGGAAGCCUCUGUAUAGGAUAAAAGGCUCCAAUAUGAUUUACCUGCCAAGAACACCCUGGCCUGUUGGCUCAGGAAUCUGUCCCUGCACAGGUUUUAGCCUUAGCCAGGGUCUUGUAGGUGGGUCAGCUUUCCUGUGCUAUCCAGCAUUUUCUGGUAACAGUGGCAGUCCGAGUGUGUAGGCCCAGUCUAGGAUGGUGUAUGAAUCUCCAUGGAUGGUCGUCUCUUAAAUCUGGAAGGUGGUUAAUUGCACAUCAGUUGGGAGGUGAGGCAGUGGACUUUGACUGUGUUCCCACAAGGGUACCUGAAUAGUCCCACCAUAUGCCAUGGCACGGUUGCCACUGACCUCAAACGGUAGGUUCCCCCUGCUGAGGUGGCCGUAUUCCACUAUAUUGAUGAUGUCACGCUGACCUCUGACUUGUUUGCUUCUUUGCAGACUGGAGCUGGUAAGGUAGUUGUGCACCUCCAGUCGCAGGGGUGGGCAGCGAACGAGGGAAGAAUGCAGGGGCCUGAUUUGUCAGUCAAGGACUUGGGUGUUAUCUGGUCGGGUAAGACGCAAGCAAUGACUGAAGCGAUGAUAGAUGAAGUCCAAUCCUACCCUUGCCCAGAAACUAUGAAGGAACUACAGGCAUUUGUUGGGCUCCUAGGGCAUUGGUGCCCCUUCACACCCCAUGUAGCCCACACCCUAUGGCCCCUAUGUAGGUUAGUGAAAAAACAAGUGAGACUGAAGGAGAGAGACAGGUGAAGAGAUGACGGUUGGAGAGAGAGAGACAGGUGAAACUGGGGAGAGUUCUAGAAAGUAAGGGGUGUGAGUGGGGCCUGUGGCAAUGGCAAAGCAACGAGAGUGCCACUGGGAUUUUGGUCCCAGUUGCGGUGAGGAGCAAAAGAGAGGUGCAGCACGUUGGAGAAAGUCAUGCACAGUGUAUACCCUGCUGCAGGUAGAUGGAAGUUCUCAUAAAGGGUCAAGUUCCCCUUUACUGGGAGUGUCAGAACAGGACUAAUACCUCUCACCCCCUCAGGGUGAUGGGUUGGACCCCCAACAAUAGUACGCUAGAAUCCUGCUAGUUGUUGCCAGUAGUUGGUUAGGGAAGCAAAAGCGAAGCCUACGGGCAGGGGCAUACCAAUCGUGCAAGGGGUGGCUUUGGACAUGUGGCUUGCAUGGGUGGCUGUAAUUGCCCUACAACUGGGUGGGGUGCUGCACCUGGGGGCGGCUGUACAUAGCUGCUAAUGUUUACACCACCAUCCACAGUGUUUCCAGCAAUUAAACUGUAACAGCCCAGCACAGAUACCUGCGCACAUCAUGGUGGGUUUACCCCUUGUCCCUGUUCUCGCCCCAGGCCACAGCUAUAGAUAUGGAGUGGCAGGUAGAGGUGCUAGCCAGACACACCACAGCUGCACUUAGCAACACCAGGUGGGCUAUCACCCUUCUGAAUGGGGAGACUCAACAAAUACAGAAGGUUAUCCUUCAGAGUAGGGUGGCCCUUGACAUCCUGACCACCACCCAGAGUGACACCUGUGCCAUAAUAAAAAUUGAAUGUUGCAUGUAUAGCCCUGAUGCCUCUAAAAAUGUAUCUUUGGCUCUGCAGGACUUGCAGCAACACAUCACUUCUAUCAAACAUGACACUGCUGGCCGUGUCUCCAGCUGGCUGUAAACCCUCCCAUCUGCCUGGCAGAUAGGCUUCUGGGUGAUAUUGGGACUCUUAUUACUAAGUCUUUUCCUGUGUUACUGCUUAUACUGAGUAUGUGGUCUGGUUUUGCAGUGCUCCUCUGCAUACCAAGUCCGAGGGCUUACACGGAAGAGGGGACGGUAAGAUUGUAAGUACAUUUGGGAGGGUAUGCAGGGGUGGACUGUAGGAUAAUGCUAUUCAGCUAUAUGCGUCCCCUACCUAAUGGAAUCAGCUUUGCUCUUCCCCAAAGCAUGCUGGGGAUGAAUUCAGGAUGGACUCAGGCUAAGGUACAAACCCAGGACUGGGCCAGCGGCCAAGGCCAAAGAAUGCCUUAGCAACAAGAAGGAAAACAUCUGGGCCUGGCUGUGAAGUCCCUGGGAAUACUGACUGCCCAAGGACGUGGGAGAAAACAAUGAGCCUUGGUCCCAGCUAGAAUGGUAUAUAAGCUUGGGUCCCUUGCUAGGUGGUUGUGGAAAAUACUCCAGCCAGCCGCCACUGGAGAGUAGCUGCUUGCCAGUGUCAAUAAGUUUCCAUGAAUCAACUCAUGAAUCUGGAAAGGGCUACAUGUCAUUUCUUCAGGUUAUCUGCCAGGACGCACAGUGAGGGUCUUUCCUUGCUACAGCUGUGCCCCAACAAUGUGAUAUGUAUAUACAGAUAUACAUACGUGUACACAUAUUUAUACAUACAUGCACAUCGUAAAUACAUCCUGUGGAUAUCAUAUAGAUAUUUAGAUAGGUAACUUAAGUAAAUAUAUUUCUAUACAUUAAAAUAUUUCUGAGAUGAACAGCCAUGUUAAGUGAGGCAUUCAUGUACCUGGUGGGAGUACUGGUGAUCAGAACUAUCUCCAAGGAAUGGAGGAACUACAGACAGUCCCCAACUUAAUUCAAAUUAUGACAAGCUGCAGUUACAACUGUCUUUUUUUUAGUGAUUUGUAUAUCUUUUAUGUAUGUAUGUAUUAAAAUAUAUCUGUAAGUUUAAUGCUUUCAACCCCCAAGGACAAAGAUCGGAUUUAUAAAGAUACUGAUAACAAAAGGCAGUAAUAAUGAAAAUGAGAAAAACGAGGUAUUCAGCUUAUGUCAGAACUGACCACUCUUGAGCCAUCAGAACAGAACCCCGCUGUAAGUCGGGGACUACCUGUGUACUGCAGGGCUAGUCUACAGUGCAUUUUGAUGACCAACAGCCAGGGACAGCUGGAACACACCAAGACAGUCUGUAUCUGGCAAGAUGAUGCCUUUCAUGUGGUGGUAGGUAGACUCUCCAAAAUGAAGCACCUUAUACCCUCCCCACUAUCCCCAUCCAUGUCAGACAGUGCCCAUCCAUUCGUUAAGGAAAUCUUCCACCUCUACAGACCACUCAGGUCCCUGAUCUCUGACCACAGCAUCACAUCUAUAUUGCAGUUUUCAAAUAAAUGGUUCAAUGUCCUUUGUGAUGGUUAAUGUUAUAUGUCGACUUGGCUAGGCCAUGAUUCCCAGUAAUGUGCAAUUGUCCUCCAUUUUGAGGUCUGAUGUGACUGUCCUCCAUUUUGUGGUAUUGUGUAAUUGCUCUCCAUUUCAUGUGUUGUAAAUCCUAAACUUUAUAUGUUAAUGAGGCAGGAUUAGUGCGGGGUGUAUCUUGAGUCACACCCUUACUCAAGUCACACAUGCCCUUAUACUUAAGUCACCCCCUUACUCAAGUAUCUGAAGUAAAAGGAGUUUCCUUGAGUGUGACCUACAUCCAAUAUGUAUGGACACUCUGGCAAAGCUUGUUCUGGCUCUGGAUCCUGUAUCCAGCUCAUUGUCAUCUGACCUCCAGUUCUUGAGACUUGAGCCAGCAGCCUUUUGUCUGACGGACUAGUUUGGCUGCAACCAAGUGAGCCAGGAGAAGCCUCCAGUCUGACACCUAAGCCACAGAUUUGGGAUUUGCCAGCUUCCGUAACUGCAAGACCCAUUUCUUUGAGAAUAUAUGUACACAGACACACACACACAUAUAUAUAUACAUUUCCUUGGUUUUGCUUCUCUAGAGAACCCAGCCUAAGAUACCCUCUAUUCUAAGGCUCUACAUGUGGAUAGUGUACCAGACAUUUGUUGACUGCCUUCUAGCAUCCAUUUCCCUUUUUGCCCUCCCCAACAACCUUGAUUCAUUUUGGAGAUCUGUGAGGUUCCUGGCCCUGGUAUCCAGGAGUACAGCAUGUGACCUAAGCUAAUAAGUAGAUUCUUCCUCCUUAGCUAGAAGAUGGCUCAGGGUUAGGCAUAGGACCUUAAGUUGGUCUCAUCAGGACUUUUGUAGGAAAUGCUAGAACAAAAACACUCCCUCUUGCUGGAUGAUACAUCCAGCCCCAGUAGCUAUUGACAGUUUUCCUGAAACUAUUGGAGAUAUGUGUGUUAGGAUUAAGCCAACACUACAGGAGACAGAACAGAGCAACAGACGCUCAGUCCUUGGUGACAUCAUUAUGCUGCAUCACCUGAUACUUGGAACUGCCCUGAACUUUUCAGGUACAUGAGCCUGUAUAUUCCGUUUGUUGUUUAUGCCAGUUCGAAUGGGGAUUUCUGCUCAUUCCAACUAAUACAGAGGGUAAUAACUGAUUUAAGAUGAUGGAUAUAAUAUACAUAUAAAAAAGUUCUUUUAUAUAUACCUAUUUGAAACUUUUUCUUAUGGAAAGUAUCAAGCCUACAUAAAAGUAGAAUAGUAUAAUGACCCCCUAUGCAUGCUUUAACCUUUAGCAACAUUUUGAAAGUCUUGUUCAAUUUAUUCCCUCCAAUUUUUGUUUUAUUUGUCUUGGCAGGGGUAGCUGUUUGGUCUUUGGCCGGAGUAUUUUAAGGCAAAUUUCAAACAUUAUAGUACUUCACCCACAAAUAGUUUGUGAGAGGUAAACAAUUCUUAUCAAUCUCUUGCCUAAACAAACUACCAAUGAGGAAGAGUUCUCACACAGUGGAGGCCCUCUCUCCCACAGGAGGGAAGGUUGAGAACGUGGGAGGGCAAUCAAAACUUAGCUGACAGCUUCUCAAGAUAGCUUUGUGAGACUACCCCCUUGGCGUCCUCCCUGGUGUUUUCAUUUAUGAGAACACCGGGCAUCCCAGCUGUCUCGUAAUGAGGUUGGUCCACAGGGGCUGUUCAAUGCGUUUAACGAUCACUGGGGCAGCUUACUAAUAACUUGAAACUGCAUGAUUGACUGCUGUACUUUUAGUGAGGCCCAGAGUGUUGGCACUCUUUAAGAGUUUGGCAGCAACAGUUAAUUUUAGGUUCCCUGGAAGUCACUAAAGAACAACAAAAGUAAUUACCCUUCAACGAAUUUAUGCAGGACAUUUCCCCAAGGAGCUCAAAGUGCCCUCAGGGCUAGUUCCUCGUUUACCUACACAGAUUGGCUUUGAAGACGUUUUUCUGGAAAUAAUGUGCAUAUUAAUAUUCAAUACAAAUUUAUUAUAAUUCACCCUCCUUCUUAGCAUUCCUGCUUGAUCAUAUUUCUUUUUAAUUAGCAUUUGACCAUCACACUUUGAUAAAUACUUAGAUGAAAAAUGAUCUGGAAUUUUAAUAUUCCUGUUCUACUUUCUGCCCCAUUUGUCAUCAUGCUUGUCAAUGAGGAAUUUUCUCUCCUUUUUCAUGGUUGGUGUCUAUUUGUUCCCUUGAUAUAUAUAAUCUUGACAGUUCUUUGUGGAGUUAUUCUAAAGUAGUUACUCUAACACCCAGUGCACUGAUAGUUAAGUAGUGUGACACAAACUACUUUAAAAGAUCUUUGGCCAGUUAAUAAAUCCCACACUUAAUCAUUUAUGAAAACCGUCUUGGCCAACCAAGCGUUCUUUGCAACUAAGAUUCCUGGUGCCAUAAGCUAUUGUAAUCAUCCUCUGCAACUCCCAGAUUGAUAUUUAGUCUAACCUGCUGCCCAAAACUGGUUCUGGCCUUAUUACUGCUUAAGAAUGUUUGCUCCUUAAAACUUUUUGAAAGGUAAGUGAGCAAAUAUUCAUUGAGCAUUUUCUAUGGACCUAGCAUCGUUUUAGGUACUAGAAUUUUGUGUUCACAAACACUUUUGGUUUUGUUUUUUUAUUCCUAAAGAAUGUUGGAUUUAGGAAAAAGCGUAUUCUAGGCUUUUUCUUUUUUUUUUUUUUAACGCAUUUUCAUUGAGAUGCCCUGGUGGCACAGUGGCUCAGAACGUGGCUGCUAACCAAGAAGCUGGCAGUUUGAUUCAUUGUAUUUGUAAACUGCAUAAUACAAUAUUUGUGUUUUAUUUGGGAGUUUGACUGGCUUUCAGUGGUCAGUUUCCCACUCAGCCUUAUCUUCAGCUCCAUCUUCCCAAAAACAGAAUAGGAGAAACACACCUCUCCUACCUUAUAUACCUUAAUAUUAAUUUUUUUUUUUAAAGAUAUGAGACUGGAGAAACCCUGAGAGUAUGGCCCCCAGAUGCCCUUUCAGCUCAGUAGUGAAGUCACUCCUGAGGUUCACCCUUCAGCCAAAGAUUGAACAGGUCCAUAAAACAAAAGACUAAAGGGGCACACCAGCCCAGGGGCAAGGACUAGAAGAGGCAGGAGGGGACAGGAAAGCUGGUAAUAGGGAACUCAAGGUUGAGAAAGGAGAGUGUUGACAUGUCGUGGGGUUGUUAACCAAUGUCAUAAAACAGUAUGUGUACUGUUUAAUGAGAAUCUAGCUUGUUCUGGAGAUCUUCAUCUAAAGUACAAUUUUAAAAAAUGGCAUUAGGAAAUAAAAGAUAUGAUUGAAUUGGCUCAGCCUCUCUGCUCUUUUGAGAGUGGACUUUAGCAUUCACAUAUAGGAAACAUUUCCAAAUCCUUACAGGGAUAUACAUAUUUAAAUCUUAGCUGAUAUGAAUGCAGUAAGAGCUUUUCAAACAGAGACAUGAAAUCUAGACACGUUCUCAGUAAGGACACCGAGACACAAAGCAAGCUCCUAUGGAAACUGCAGGAACUUUAGUGUAUAAGCAAUUAUAUUCUUCCUGGCAAUGUUUUUUUGUUUUGUUUUUGUUUUGUGCCUCUCAAAUUUUCACAGUGAUCUACCCCAACAUGAUCAGACAUUUUAUCACAAGCAGCGUUUUUUAAAACUGUAUGAAAAAGCAUGUUAGGAUAAAGGCAGUUAACCUUUUUUUUUUUUUAAAUAUUAAUCUUAAAACAAGUAAUUGCUACCACCUGGCUGGAAAAUCUGCUUUCCUAAUUGUGUCUAAGCUUUUGUUCUUCCCAUAGGCAAAAACUAUAUUUAUAUAAAAUAUCCAGAAUAGCCAAAUCCAUAGAGACAGAAAGCAGAUUAGAGUUUGCCAGAGGAUGUGGAUAAGGAGGGAAUUGGGAGCCCUGGUGGUGCAGUGGUUAAAAGGCCACUCCUUGGAAACCCUAUGGGGCAGUUCUACUCCAUCUUAGAGGGCUGCCAUGCCUCGGAAUCGACUCAACAGCAACGGGUUUCUUUUUAGAAUGAUGAAAAUGUUCUGGAAUUAGAUAAUAGUGAUAAUUGCACAACCUUGUUACUAUUCUAAAAACCACUGAAUUGUACAAUUUAAAACGGUGAAUUUUAUGAUAUGUUACAUAUCUCAAUUUAAAAAGAAGAUAGGCUCAGCAGGGACUAAAGCAGAAGUUGACAAGUAGGCCCAGAUAACUAAUGGUGGUGGAGGGAAGAAGGGGGAAGAAUUUGGACAAAAAAAGAAGAGGCAUUGAGUAGGUAAAGACUGAAAAAAAGUCAGCCUCUUUAGGAGGAUUUACAUGGAUUCCGGGAUUAGAUUUCAAAGGCAAGAAUUUAGGGAGGAGAAGAUAACCCUUGGGAAAGAGGAUAUGAUUUGGUGCUUCAGUUAUGUCCUCCCUGGGUGUCAUUGGGUCUCACAACGGACAGCAAAGAAGGUAAGAAGAUCAUGGGUUAAAGGUCAUGUGUCACUUGUGCUAGGGUGGAAGUCGCACUCAUGAUAAUGACAAGAGCAACAUCAAAGUGCUUCCUCUGAUCCAGGCACUGGUCGAAGCGCUGUGCAUUUAUAAACAUUUUUUUCUCCAAAUCAUUUCCAUGCGAUAGGUACUACCAUGAUUGUCACCAUUUUAUAAAUGAGGAAACUGGCAUAUAGAGAAGAGUAAGUAACUUUCCUGAGCUCACACAACUACAGGUGGCAAGACCACGAUUCAAGCCCAGGCAGACUCCAAGGAACCCAUUCCUAACCACCAUCCAAUAUUACCUUUCCAGCAGGGUUCUUGGCCCUGGUACCUGUCAAGAGAGAUAAUGUAUAUAAAGUGCUUAGCAGUAUGCCUGAGGCACUAAAUAAUCGAUUUAUGAUAAUGACAUUUCUUCAACCACAAUGCUGGCUCAACUCGUUCAUAGCUCUGAUGGCCCUAAUCUGUCUGGAGUUCCAAGUCCAAACCUCCAACUGCCCACUGGAUAUCUCUGCUGUUUGUCCUUCAGUGUGUCCAGUAUGUACUGAACUCACCAUCUCCCUCCCCACCUAGCCUAUUCUUGUCCCCACUCCUGAAUUCACUAUGUGGUUAAGGCACAGUGUGGUGAGGUGGCAAUCUCAUCCCCACUUCAUUUCACCCUAUAGCACCCCCAGAAUUCUUACUGAAACACUUCUCAUCACACAUUGCCCUGACUUAAAAUCCUCCAAGGUGCCCUGUUGCCUGCGACAGUGGUUUUUACCAUAAAGCCCCUCACAAGAGUCCUCAAUGUUGGGGGGCCAUGCACAGGAAGUUAAAGGGCAGAGCAAUGGGAACUCUAGGCUCCUGCUAUGCUUCCACAAAGCAGCAUUGCUUUUAUCUGUUUCACACAUUGGGCGUUUUGGUAAGCACUUGCUUUUAGGAACAGUUUUGUGAUUAAACAACAAUCAACAAAACAAAACUCUUUAGCCUGAGACUUAAAACCUUUCGGGAUCUGGCCCCCAAUUUUACCAGCUAUUUCCUAUCCCCCUUCCCAAUGCCCUAACUCUAUUUAAGAAUUAGCUAGUUCCCAACACUAUGGUGAAUAUUUGUCUUUAUUCUUUGCUGCCCAUCUGAGCCCCCUCCUAAAUUUCAGUAAUCUGCCAUUGUGUGUGUGUUGGUUGCAUCCCACUAGGAAAGCUGACGAGGCCAGGUGGGUGGUCAUUAUCCCCACUUGCUCGAAUGAAGGUCUAAACACGUGACCUAAGCUUAGCCAAUCAGGUGCUCCUGCCUGGAACUCCGAACAUGGAGAGGAUGACACAGAGAAGUAAGAACUGUUCAGAAUUCUUUCCAGCGGGAACAGCAGCAACCAGAACCCAGUGUCUCGGUCGCAGGGACACUGACAGUGGGGCUCAGUGUGAUCUGACUUUGGUCACAGUAUUAUAUGAUUCCAUUUACAUGAAAUGGCGAGAAUAGGCAAAUCCAUAGAAUAGGAAGUGGAUUGAGGGCUACCAGGGGAUGGGGGAAGGGAAAUGAGAAGUGACUGUUAAUGGGUACAGUGUUUCUUUUGGGUUGAUGAAAAUGUUCUAAAAUUGAUUGUGGUGUUGGUUGUACAACCCUAUGGAUAUACUAAAAGCCAUUGAAUUGUACACUUUAAAUGGAUAAAUUAGAUGGUAUGUGAAUCAUAACCCAAUGAAGCUGUUACUAAAAAAAAGAAUGAAUCAGUCAAUGAAAUUUUCAUAGAUGUCCUCACCUUACAAAAUGGAUGUGCUCCUGAGAAACUGGAAGUAAAUACCUUUACAUUUAUUAUUGAGUUUUACUGCAAAAUUAGGAACCGAUUUUCAUAUACAAAAAGAAAUCUGGCCUCCUGAUAAAACUUUUAAAAAUAACAUUUAAGAGCAUGACAAUCUUUUUUGAAAGAAUAGGGUUAAAAGAAAAAGUUAAAACGUUAUUAUAAUAUCCAAAAUAAGUAACAAAGCUCAGUAAUAAGGUGAAAAAUAUUAAAAUGCUGAACUCAGAAUUUAAAAUAUAUUCCUUGUAGCCAGCUCAACUAUAAGAAAAAUUAACCAGAGCUUGAUGGUAAACUAUGAGUUCCUAGGUGAUGCAAAUAGUUAAGUGUUCAGCUACUAACUGAAAGGUUGGCAGUUUGAGUCCACCCAGAGGUGCCUGGGAGGAAAGGUCUGGUGAUCUGCUUCUGAAAGUUCACAGCCACUGAAAACCCUAUGGAGCGCAGUUCUACUGUGAAACAUAUCAGGUUGCUGUGAGUCAGAAUCCACUUGAGGGAAACUGGUUUCUUAGAUGGUGAACUAGCACAAGUUGCUGAUUCCUUCCCAGCCCUGAGAAUGCCACAAAGCCAGGACGGCAGAUGAUGGAAUAAAGAAAUGAAUAUAAAAGUAGCAGGAAACUCCUGGGGAGACAGAGGGUGAUGGGUCCCAAGGGGUGUACUGGGGUAGAUGGCGGGUAUAGGACUGUGCAAAGUAAGAGUAGACAAGGAGCAGACCCAGCAGAAAGGGCAAGGUUAUAGCAUAGCUUGUUGGUGGUAAUCUUUUCUCUUCCCGCCCAUUUCCUGCACAGAUCUUGCUUGCUCUGCCAAAACUGUGAGAUAGGAAAAAAAUAAAAUCCCCAGCGCCCUUCUACUGGAAGGCAUGGGUGGACAGAACUGGAGCCAGGCUAGAAUGGAGACCAGAAAACAAUGGGUGCAGACUGGCUGCCCUGUGGGGUUCUCUUCUUGCCCCUCCCUCUCUUUACCCCAAGAACUCCCCAGAAAAGAGCAUCCCUGAAAGGUAGGGUUGGCAAACAAGAAGUAUUCAAGUUCAGAGAACAUGCCAGAGCUGUAUUCCCUGAGGGUAUUGCCCCACUCCAGCCUUAAACUCACCUGGUGGAGCACAGCUGGGGUCUGGCCUUCACCCAAUCCCUCAUUCACUUUAUCAGCAACGUAGCUGAUAUGCCUGCUGUUGUGUGCUCUGGAGUUGAUUCCAAGAGAUAGCCACCCUAUAUGGCAGAGUAGAACUGCCCCAUAGGGUUUUCACGGCUGUAAUCUUCGGAAGCAGACUGACAGAUCCUUUCUGUCAAGGAGCUGCUGGUGGAUUUGAACCACUGGACCUUUCAGUUAGUAGCCAACUGCCAAACCAUUUUGCCACCAGGGCUUCUUAGUAAACUGGAACAUCAGGUUGAGGAACUCAUAUAAAAGGCAUCAGGAAGGGACACAGAGAAAAAAUACAUAAAAGAAAAUUUAGAUACAGAUAAAAAAAAAAUAGAUAGGAAAUGAAAAAUGUAAAUAUUUGAAUACUGCUGUAAUGGGGAGGGGGAGAGCUUGCACUCGGGAAGAGGAAGAGACAGGGGUGGUGACAUUCCUCAGUAAGAUAGUCCCUAUAGAGGAAAAGAUUUUGUCAUGUGCAUAACAUAGGUUGUUAAUGAGUCUUCCUCCAGUCCUGAUGCCCUGUUCUUCAUAUAGUCCAGCUUCUCGUAUUAUUUGCUCAGCAUACAGACUGAAAAGGUAUAGUGAAAGAAUACAACCCUGAUGCACACCUUUCCUGACUUUAAAGCAAUCAGUAUCCCCUUGUUCUGUCCAAACAACUGCCUCUUGAUCUAUGUAAAGGUUCCUCAUGAACACAAUAAUGUGUUCUGGAAUUCCCAUUCUUGACAAUGUUAUCCGUAAUUUGUUAUGACCCACACAGUCAAAUGCCUUUGCAUAGUCAAUAAAACACAGGUAAACAUCCUUCUAGUAUUCUCUGCUUUCAGCCAGGAUCCAUCUGAUAUCAGCAAUGAUAUCCCUGGUUCCACAUCCUCUUCUGAAGCCCGCCUGAAUUUCUGGCAGUUCCCUGUCAAUAUACUGCUAUAGCCGUUUUUUAAUUAUCUUCAGCAAAAUUUUGCUUGCGUGUGAUAUUAAUGACAUUGUUCUAUAAUUUCCACAUGAUAAACGGAGAAAAGAUUGAAAUUGUCAAGGAUUGCAUUUUACUUGAAUCCUCAAUCAACAGCCAUGGAAGCAGCAGUCAAGAAAUCAAAAGACGCAUUACAUUGGGUAAAUCUGCUGCAAAGGACCUCUUUAAAGUGUUGAAGAGCAAAGAUGUCACCUUGAAGACUAAGGUGCGCCUGACCCAAGCCAUGGUAUUUUCAAUCGCAUCAUAUGCAUAUGAAAGCUGGAUAAUGAAUAUGGAAGACUGAAGAAGAAUUGACCCCUUUGAAUUGUGGUGUUGGCGAAUAAUAUUGAAUAUACCAUGGACUGGCAAAAGAAUGAGCAAAUCUGUCUUAGAAGAAGCACAACCAGAAUGCUCCUUAGAAGCAAGGAUGGCGAGACUGCAUCCUACAUACUUUGGACAUGUUGUCAGGAGGGAUCAGUCCCUGGAGAAGGACAUCCUGCUUGGCAGAGUACAGGGUCAGUGAAAAAGAGGAAGACCCUCAACGAGGUGGAUUGACACAGUGGCUGCAGCAGUGAGCUCAAGCAUAGCAACGAUUGUAAGGAUGGCUCAGGACCGGGCGGUGUUUUGUUCUGUUGUGCCAAGGGUCACUAUGAGUCAGAACUGACUCGACAGCACCUAACAACAACAACAGAGGAAGAGAUAGGGGGUGGUGAAGUUCCUCAAUAAGAUGGUCCCUACAUAGGUAAACUUUAAGCCAAUUAAAUGAUCCCUAUAUGGGUCCUUAACUUGACAAAGUCCCUAACUUGGUACUUAAACCUUAAGCCAAGGGAGUAGUAUCUAUAGGGGUCCCUGUCUGGGCUGUUAAAAGUUAACAGGGAGAGAUAAGAGACAAGAAGUGUAUAAAACCCUAAGAAAACAACUUUUGGAGCACUCAGAUUCUUUCUCUACCUGAGUAGCCCACUUAACGCUUCCUAGUCAAGUGUACUUUCGCUGCUAACCCUCUGCUUGCUAAUAAACCCCUGCUCACUUGGAACUAUUUGUCUCAGUGUUUGAAUUCUUUCCUACACCGAAGACAAGAACCAAGGCUGUUCUCCGGUAACACUGCCAGAAUGAGAGAAUAAAUAAAUGAGGGGAAAAUAUUUGCAGAAAUAAUAACCAAGAAUGUCCCAGAGUUAACCUCGAAAACGUUAUGCUGAGUGAAACAAAUCAGACACAAAGACAAAUAUUGCAUGACUUCACUUACAUGAAAUAUCUAGAAUAGGUAAUUGUAUAGAGACAAAAGUUUAUUAGUGGCUACCAGGGAUGGUUAGAAGAGGGGAAUGUAGAGUUAUUGCUUAAGGGAUUCUGAGUUUCUGUUUGGUAUGACAAAAAACUUUUGGAAAUGGAUAGGGGUGAUAUUUACACAACAUGAACAUAAUUAACGUUUAUGAAUUGUAACCUUAAAAAUGGUUAAAAUGGCAAAAAAAAGGGUACUCCAAAGAUUAACUAGAUUAUAGACAUAGCAUUAAAAAUAAAUGCACAAACCAUGCAGAUUUUAAAAAAAUGCCCUAGAGUUAAACACAGAUGAAAGAGUUUAUACGAUAGAUAAGAAUAAAGGCUAGAUAAGGAAAAACAUACAUACACACACCAAGAUGCAUUAUAUGGGAAAUGUUUUUUUCUGUUGUUAAACUACAGCUAGAUUUGUACCUUAACAUCUCUUUUACACAUAGUUGUUGGGUAAUCUACUUAGUACUUGAAUUUUAACCAAAUGUAGUAUACCUUUCCUAAAUAUUGUAUACUAAAUUUUUUAAAAACAAAUUAUCUGAAACAUCAAUGAGGGUGCUGUUUUAUAAUUUUAUGAUGACGUGAAGGCUACUGCAGUAUAUGGAGCUGUUUUUUGCAACCAUUGUGAAAUGUUUUAAAGUUACUAAAUAGAAUGAUCAGAUCAUUAACCAACUGUAAAAACAACUUGGGGUGGAGCCUGACCUCCUCUCACUUCAUGAGGGGGAAGGAGAAUCAAGGUCAACAGCCCAAGGUUGAUUCCUGAGGCGGAGGUCGGACAUGCCUUCUCUCUCUGCUAUCUUUACCAAUUCUGACACCAGCCAUCCCUCCCAAGGAGCUCUCUACUUCUCUGCUGUGUUCGAUAUUCAUUGCAGUGGCCACAAAGAACUCACAGACCAUACUCAAGAUUAUGGGAUUUAUAAGAGAAGUAACAGGUUACAAUUCAGGCUCAGGAACACUCAA